AUGGCAUCCAGUUUGACUUGUACCGGGGUGAUCUGGGCUUUGCUGUCUUUUCUUUGUGCCGCCACCUCUUGCGUGGGGUUCUUCAUGCCUUACUGGCUCUGGGGAUCCCAGCUGGGCAAGCCUGUUUCUUUCGGUACUUUCCGGAGGUGCUCAUAUCCUGUGCAUGAUGAGAGUCGGCAGAUGAUGGUGAUGGUGGAGGAGUGUGGGCGCUAUGCCUCCUUCCAGGGCAUCCCCAGUGCGGAGUGGAGGAUCUGUACCGUGGUGACCGGCCUGGGCUGUGGCCUGCUCCUUCUGGUGGCGCUCACUGCCCUCAUGGGUUGCUGUGUGUCCGAGCUCAUCUCCAGGACAGUGGGAAGAGUGGCUGGAGGAAUUCAGUUCCUGGGAGGUUUGUUGAUUGGUGCUGGCUGUGCUCUGUACCCCUUGGGGUGGGACAGUGAAGAAGUCCGGCAAACUUGUGGCUACAUUUCUGGGCAAUUUUACUUGGGCAAGUGUGAACUCGGAUGGGCUUACUACUGCACGGGAGCAGGUGCUGCGGCCUCUAUGCUGCUCUGCACAUGGCUGGCUUGCUUCUCUGGCAAGAAACAGAAGCACUACCCCUACUGAGAAGGAACCAUCAGGAACAGAGGAGAAGAUGGGCCAAAGGGGCUGGAAGGGGCUGAAGCAUCCAGCUACUUUCUAAAGGUGGAAUGAUGAUUCUAGUCCAAUGCAAUGCUAAUGACAUGACACCUGAUGGAAUCAGGGGCUAUCUGCAAUGAAGGAUUGGGGAGAGUUGUAAAAAUCUGAAAAAGUAUAGAGUGAUGGGGGAGAUGGACCAAAGGGUGAAAAUAUUGCCAGGCACUGGGUGUUUCUAUUCUGGAGAGAAUUAACAUUGUAUAAUACAGAAAUACACAACUCAACACAAAAGUGUAUAUGCAGAGAGGGUUCUGCUUUUGUUUUGAUAGUUUUUAAACAAUGCCAAGGACUCCCCAAAUCACAAGGGCUAGUAUAAACAGUGUUGUGUUGAAAAGCAGGGUACCCCACAGCCAUUCCUGCCGGUGAUGACACUCCCAAAAGCACAUGAGCACAUGCAGACACUCUGUACCCACACCCACCCAGGCACAACUGUGGAUGGAGAUCGUUACACAGACUGUAUACGAGGUUCAAUAGUGCAUUACUCCUCUGUUUUCUUUUUGAUAUGCAUUUAAAGUACAGUAUUAUCACUUUAUAAAACAUACAUUCAACCUAAUAAAUGGACCAGUAAGCCACUCUAUCAGCAUUUUGUCUCACCUGCAUACAUUCUUUUCACUCUCAACACAUUUUCAGUGUUUAUGUAGACAUUUAGAGUUAAGCCUUCAUAUUUCAAUAUUAUUCAAAGGUAUGCAAUAUUUCUGAGUAUCUUCUGCUAUGAGAUUCUUAGGAGGCAAAGAGGCAACAUUCUCUCCACUGUGGGAGAGAAUUCAGUUGAAGAUAUGUGAGUAAAGAAAGACAUCUUUCACUCACUUGAUCUUAUUUUCUUUUGUUCAUUAUUGUACUGUGCUGUACCCCCAUUUAUUUCAAUGCUGAUUUUGUAAAGCAAAAUUUUUAAAGUGCUAUUUUGUUUGUAUUUGAAAAACUCUGUGAAUAAACUCUUUGAUCAA